AUGGCCCACGGAUCAGGUCAUCUCGCCAACAAUCUCCGGAUUGAAAAGCAUUUGGUUAGAGGAACUCCUGGCCUCAGCGAUUUUGUCGUCCUCGUUCUCGUCUCACUUGCGUGGUUGACAAACCUAUGCUGUGCCGAAAGCACAGACCAUUCGGAAAGAACUGAUAUUCGCUUGGACCCAGCCAAAAGCGCAUUUCAACAAAGUCCAGCAAACUACCUCAUAUCGCCACAUAAAGUUUCAGGCUAUGCAACUCAGCGCCGAUUCCGUCAGAUGCACACCUUCACAGGCGUCUACACUCCGUUCCUCCUUCUCAGCUUCCAAGUCUGA